GAAAAUAUCAAAAAAAGAUAGGAUCGAUUACGUUUUUUUUAUCCAUCAUUAGUACGCAUGCGUAAAGAGCGGGGGUCGGCGUCGCCAUAGCAACGCUUUGUUGACGGGUGAGCUGAAGUGGCCGAAUAAAGGGCAAUAUGAAACUCAAACGCUUCUUUCUGCGAUAUUAUCCACCAGGUAUAAUUCUGGAAUACGAGAAAGGAGGACAUCCGAGGACCAAAUCAAUCGACCUUUUAGAUCUGACUCCAGAAACGAAUCCAGGGGAGUUGGUGGCAGAGAUCAGGCAGUCAGAGCCUCUGAUCACAGAGUCCAGGGCUGAUCAAGUCAAGCAUCUGAUCAUUCGACUGCAGCAGAAGCAGAUCCAGCAGAAGCACCACAGAUUCUGUUUCUCCAAGGAACUCAAGGCGCAUAUACUUCCUCUGACGAACGUGGCCUUUGACAAACCAGGGUCAAGAUUCCUAACUGGGAGCUAUGACAGGACCUGCAGAGUUUGGGACACAGCGUCAGGCACAGAGCUGCACACACUGGAGGGUCACAGGAAUGUGGUGUAUGCAGUUGCAUUUAACAACCCCUAUGGAGACAAGAUUGCAACAGGCUCUUUUGACAAGACCUGCAAGCUGUGGUGUGCUGAAACGGGCAAAUGCUUUCAUACUUUCCGCGGACACAUGGCAGAAAUAGUCUGUCUGGCUUUCAACCCGCAAAGUACACUAGUGGCCACAGGCAGCAUGGAUUCAACUGCCAAGCUAUGGGACGUGGAGUCUGGGGAGGAGGUGGCCACUCUGACCGGCCACACUGCAGAGGUUCUCUCUCUGUGUUUUAACACAGUGGGCAGUCAACUAUUAACUGGCUCAUUUGAUCAUACAGUUGCUAUAUGGGAUGUUGAAUCUGCGAGACGUGUCCACACCCUCACCGGUCACAGGGGUGAAAUCAGCAACGUGCAGUUUAAUUGGGAUUGCUCCCUCAUAGUCACCGGCUCCAUGGAUAAAACAUGCCGGUUGUGGGAGGCCAUCAGUGGUAAGUGUGUGGCCAUCCUGGUCGGACACAAAGAGGAGGUGCUGGAUGUGUGCUUUGAUUUAAGUGGUCGCUUCAUUGCUACUGCCUCUGCUGAUGGUACAGCACGCGUGUUCAGUGCAGCCACAUUCGAGUGUCUCGUGACGUUUGAGGGCCAUGAUGGAGAAAUCUCAAAGGUCUGCUUCAGCCCCCAGGGCAGCAGGGUGCUGACUGCUAGCUCAGACAAGACCGCCCGUCUCUGGGAUGUUCAGUCUGGAGUCUGCCUACAAAUCCUGGAAGGCCACAUUGAUGAGAUCUUUUCCUGUGUCUUCAACUAUGAGGGAGACACCAUCAUUACAGGCAGCAAGGAUAACACAUGCCGGAUCUGGUACUAACCCUUCCUUUGACUGAUCAGUGGCUCAGACUUUCUGAAGUAGAGAACAGGAAGGCCAAGCUCCGAGGCAGCAAUCCACUGCAGAGCAACCCUGAGCUCCGAGUCCACGCUCUCCGGCUCGAGGUCGCAGUUUACCACCAGCAGCUCCCUGAGGUUGCUACCGCUACC